GCACAGUCGAGCACUGCCGCGCCGCGCGCCCUUCGGCUCACGCGGUCCUCGCAAACGCACGACGCAUCAACGCUGUCAAAAACAACCGCUGCAAGCACUUGUUCAGUCCGAGCCUCUGCCGCGCCGCGCCCACCAGCAGAGCAGUGGACCCCACUGCUGCCCAGACACUGUUGCCGCGCGCACAGAACGAUGAGAACGAAGACCGCCCGCACCUCGACAAAGGCGGUCGCCAAGCCCGCGCCCCAGCGCCAGCAGCCGCCGAAGAACGCGCCACUCUCGCUCUACGACGGCCGAGUCCUGCACUUCCGGAACGCCCUCAACUCCAAUGACCUCGCAGCGCUAGAUGACUACUUGAAUAGCCCCGCCGUGAGGCAAGAACUCUUCGACGCCGUGUUACAUGAUUCGACGGACACGCAGUACGGCUCGCGGAAGUGCGACGCUGCCUGGCUCAAGCUCCAGAACCUGCCGGCCCAUAGGAAGCUGAGGAAGCUCGUGAAAGCCUCGAACGACCGAUGGCACCUCCUCCCCAAGAAGAACGGAGCUGGUUUCAGGUGCGAGUACGAGGACGCUCAGUAUACUGAAUACCGAGGUGACCGAGAGGCGCAUUUCAAGCAGUGGCACCUCGACGCUCAUGAAGGAGGGGAAGACGCCGAGGACGCUAGGGCGAUCACGUUAGUGGUUCUACUGACGGAGCCGGGCGUCGACUUCCAGGGCGGCGAUUUCGAGGUGAUGCGGCCGCAAUGGCCGGGCGGCGUUUCUUCAGCGGUGGAUUGGAGUAGAGGAGACGUCAUCGCCUUUCCCGCUUGUGAAGUGUGGCACCGCGUCCUGCCGACAACGCGAGGCAUCCGACGGACGUUAGUGGUCUGGGCCAAGGACCCCACAGCACUGGCUCGGAACGCCGAGGCGAACUUCGAGAAGGGGUAUGACUAAGUACAAACAUGGUA